AGUGGGGGGUCCGAGGACCCACCGUCUCGGGCGCGAUGUAGGGGAGGCCGGUGGUGGUCGCAGCCGCAGUUUUGCUCCCGUGCCCAGCGGAGGCGGCCAGGGUGCCGACGGCCCGAGGUGUGGCGGGGACGACCCCUGAUUCCCGGGGGCCGCCCGUUGUGCGAGCCCCGCCGGGCCCGCGCUUGCCGAGGCGGAGGGUCUGGGGAGCGUGGCCCCAGGGGCGGGCGGCCGGGUGCGAUGAGGGAGGGUGAGCGAGGAAAACACAAGGAAGGAGGGAAAGUGCGGAUGGCUGUGAGGUGCCAUUAGCUGCAGCUUUAGGCGCCGCGCGGGUCCGGUCCGGAGAUCAAGCGCGGCCGAUCCUUCUCGUAAGGAAGAAAAGAAAUAUUCCUUAAAGUGUGGGAGGCGCGUGCGCUUGGGGUCCGAAAUUGAGGUGCAUGGGAGUAUAUAGAAUUUAAGCAUUCUCUCAGAAGUGUAUGGUAGAGCUAAAGAAGACAACCAACCAAGGGUCAUCUGAAAUUGUGAUUGGCUAAUAAUCCCAGGACAAAGUUAGAGAUCCCUACUCAAGCAUAAGGCCUCUACAAAGAUGUUUGAUAUAAAGGCUUGGGCUGAGUAUGUUGUGGAAUGGGCUGCAAAGGACCCAUAUGGCUUCCUUACAACAGUUAUUCUGGCCCUAACUCCAUUGUUUCUAGCAAGUGCUGUACUGUCUUGGAAAUUGGCCAAGAUGAUCGAGGCCAGGGAAAAGGAGCAAAAGAAGAAACAAAAACGUCAAGAAAAUAUUGCAAAAGCUAAACGACUAAAAAAGGAUUGAAGGAAUGAACAGGCUCUGCAACCAGAGGAAAAUCGUCUGGAAAAUUAUGCAGUUUUGGAAGGACCUAUUAAGGUUUCUUUUCAGAUCUUAUGACAGUAUUAUUUAGUAAACGAAGUCUGAGCAUGUGGAAGAAUCAUGUUAGUUCUCACCUGUACUAUAGCAACUUUUAGGCUUCGGUGUAGAAGUCUGUUGACAGUUACUGUAAAUUGGCAUUUAUUAUGCUACAGAUUCUUUAUAACUGACUUAGUCAUUUGCCUUUUUGCAGCGUAUGUACUAAAGUGAAAACAUCCUGUGGAGAAAAAUGGCUUUAGAUUAUGGACUCUAUUCAAAUAAUGGCUUAAAAUGGGGUCCUGUUCUGGACAAAGGAGAUUAAGAAUGUAAAAAUCAGAAUUGUCCUGAGGUGAAAAGCAUGCUUUUGCUUAAAAGAGAUACAGUGUACUAAUCACAUCUUUUAUCAUUAUUACUUAUUUCUUGAAAUAGAAUCAUUUCUGGCUUCCUCAAAGCAAAGUAUUAUUAUUCAACGAGUACUUCUUUUUUCUGUAUUUUUCUCAUUUUAGCUUUUGAGAUACUGGUAAUUACCAGACAUUCUGCAUUUUUAAAAAUCUAAUUUUAUAAAGAAUUCUCUUAUUAUCUUGACUAUGUAGAAUACCACUUACUGGAUAUAACAAUUUUUGUACUUAUGAACACUGCCAUUUUCUUAGAGAUGACUUGAGUAGAGGAACACUAUGAUUUAAAGCUUGGAGUAAAAAUGCCAAACCUUGUAGUACCUUCGAACCAGUUAAUUCUCACUUGUGCUAUAAGUAGAAAUGUGAAGUAGUUACAGUGUCUUAUCAAAUAAUUUGCUGAUUAUAUAAUACCACUUUUGUUUUUCAUUCCAUUCUUUUAAUUCAUGUGGUAGUGAUGUCCUUUACUUUUUUGAUCAAACAGGUUCAUGGUGAAAAUUAAAAUUCAAAUUUCUUUUAAGGAACUUUUAAAGAGUAACAGUUAAGUCAUAUUUCAUAAAUGGUAAAGAAAGGCUUAACAGUUGGAAAAAUUUUGUUUAGCAUAGUAUUAGUUGGGUGAAAAAGGUGUAAAUCAUGUCAAAAUUAGAAUGUGUUAUAGUUAGAAAUAAAGGGCUGAAGGAUAUUUCCUGCAGUUAAGUAGUAUAACUGGAACUUUUUACUCUUUAACAUGGAUUUUAUAAAUGCAUGGUUAAUAAUUUUAUUUGUUGUCAGUAAUUAAUAGCUUAUUAAUGUUUUCCUCACCCCUGAUAAUGAAUCGUAAAUUACAAAAAAAUUGUCUAAAAGCUUUAACUUAAAAAAAUGAAACUAGAUAUUGAAAUAAAUUUGAUACGUUUUUAUAAAGAGGUCCUGGGCUUUGUUUUUUUUUUGUGGGGGGAGGAGUAAUAAUUCAAGUUAAAUAUGUUAUAGAAGUUAGACUUUUCAGAGGGUUACAAAUUUCAUUUAUAGAUAAGCAUGCAGUUGACCCCUGAACACCACCCUGGGCUUUGUUUUUUUUUGUGGGGGUUAGAAGCAUGAGUCCUCCCUUGCAGUCGAAAAUUCCUGUAUAAUUUAUAGUGGGCCCUCCCUAUACGUUGUUCCUUCCUAUAUGCAGGUCCUCCAUAUCUGCAGUUCCGAGGUCCCUCUGUAUCCACAGUUCUUCAUCCGUGGAUUCAACCAACCCUGGACCAUGUAGUAUUGUAGUAUUUACCACUAAAAACAUCUGUGUGUAAGUGACCCCACACAGUUCGAACCCAUGUUGUUCAAGGGUCAACUGUACUUAUAAAAGUUGAGAGCAACGUUUCUCAAAUAUGAGAACCUAAGGACCUCUGAGAAUGUUUAUGGACUGGUUUGAACAAUACUUAUUACUGUUAUUUUAGGUUGUCAGUUCCUACUUGGUGCCAGUGUGAUCAACACAUUGCAGCUCCAAGCACUGAAAUAAUUCAGUGUUUAAUUACAAAUUAGUUAUUCAGGUGAUCUAGGAUAUGCUUUUUAUAUUGUCAUUGAAAUUUAAACAAAACUUAGUUAUCCACUAAAGCU